CUUGCACCAGAUGAUGCCUGGAAGUGCCCCCACUGUAAGCAGCUGCAACAGGGUAUGGUGAAGAUGAGCCUGUGGACUCUGCCAGACAUACUGAUCCUCCAUCUCAAGCGCUUCCGUCAGGUUGGAGAGCGAAGGAACAAGCUGUCAACACUCGUGCGUUUCCCUCUAACUGGUCUGGACAUGGCACCGCAUGUAGUGAAGCGAAGCCAGAGCAUGAAGAACCUCAAUAUGGGGCCAUCACCACCUUCCUGGAAACAGCACUCAGGCCAGCCACACCAAGCUGCUGACAUGAUGCUUCCUCAUGAAUUCCUGUAUGAUCUUUAUGCUGUGUGUAACCAUCACGGAGGAAUGCACGGAGGACAUUAUACUGCUUACUGUAGGAAUUCAGUGGAUGGUCAGUGGUAUAGCUACGACGACAGCAGCGUAGACCUGGUGCAAGACGAGGAAGUGUGCACAAGGGGCGCUUACAUCCUUUUCUACCAGAGACGAAACACCAUUCCCCCAUGGUCAGCCAGCAGCUCCAUCAGAGGCUCCACAAGUUCAUCAGUGUCAGACCACUGGCUAAUCAGGCUGACGGGGGACAGUAAGAGAGGCAGUCUGGUGUCUCAUACAUCCACCACCUGUCCAUCUUCCUUACCUGACUCUCCAGAGUCUCCAGUCUUCCUGGACAAUGGCUUCAAAGAUGAAAGAGGUGGAUUUGAGAAGAGGCCAUUUGUCAGAGGUCUUCAGGGGCGCAGCAUGAGCCUGAGAGCCCCCAGCAAAAACAAGGAUACCUUAAGCAGAGUGCUUCCAAUGCGCUGGUCCUUUGGUUCCAAGGACAGACGAAAACCUGACCCAGUCCCUCCCCCUGAACCUGAUCCUGCCCCUGUAGAACUAGUACAGUACUUGGAAUCUGGUCGGCGUCCCCGGUGCACAAAGGAUCCAAUAGCGACAUUAAUGAAUGAACCACACAGCACAAAGGAAGCUGCAAAGAGCCGUGCUGCAGCCAAUGUUCGUUCGUCUAGCGUUGGAAGUAUAAGUUGUGUGGGUAAGACGGGGGAGGAGCCGCCAUUUCUAAAGGUCCCAGAGGGCCAGAAGUGGCCAUCAGAUAAAGCAGCUAGUCUGAGACGUAGCAAGGGGAGCCAGGCUAAGGAUGAGAGCACUGUGAAUAUCAGGAGCAGCUCCAGCACUAACACUCUAACCAGGAGGAAGGAUGGAAGAAAACAGAGCUCCUCCAAAUCUUCACAGGAUACUGAGACAAAACGGAGAUCCAGUACUGGAGUUCAGCCCAGCUACAGCACACCCAGUCUCCAAGAUGGAACUCUGAGAAGACAAAAGGGAGACAGGGCUGAUAGGGAACGCCACAGCACACAAGAAGAAAACUCUAAGAACAAGAAAGCAGACAUGCCUAAGAGCCAUGACGGAAUACUGUCCUUCUUUAAAGGUAGCUUCCUGAAGAAGGAUAAAGAUUCAAGGAAACCCACUGAGGAUGAGUCAGGGAGAGCAGUAGUUGAAGAAGAAAGCAGAAGGACCUUGUCGAGGCCAUCACUGUCCAAUGGAGCAGCUGGAGGCCGAACCGGAGAAGAAAGAGGCAAGUCCAAAAGCUCAGGCCAUGUGGUUAAUGAGCAGGUAAACGGUAAGGUGGGACGCAAAGCAACUGAAAUCAAACGCUCCCAGAGCUCCACCAACAUCCCAACAAAAGCAGAGCAGAGCGUGCGUAGGACAGCAUCUUUGCACCGUAAUGGGAUGUCAACAACGCCAGCAUCAUCACGCAGUCUGACAAGCGACAAACCAUCUCACGGCACCUUGCAGAGGACUCGUUACAGCACAACCUCACUGGGGCGCAAAAAGACAGUCCCUGAGUCCAGCUUCUAACACAGAGACACAUAAAGCCUUUUUCCUGAAAGAAAGUGAAGGACAUUAAAUCUCCAAGAUCAAAGCAAUAGUGCUCCGUUCACAGUAAUACACCUUUUUUGUUCCUGGAAAAUUAAUCAAGUCAAGUAGUUUGCUCCAUGUAAGACAGAAUAAAUGAAAGGUCCUCUAAUGCUCAAGAGGGCAUUAAUGAACAAAAUUAGGUGAUAUGAGGGGGGCCUUCUCCAUUCUAUUUUUUACGACCCAAAUAAGUGCCUGAUCAGCCGAUAUGCAGUUUAGACCAAUUGGUUUGUGUCAGUUUAGAACUGAAAGCACGCAGCAGCACACCUACAAACAUACUGUACGCAUAUGUGUCUUAUUAAUGUAGUGUGAGCAUUGGAAGUCGCCACUCUGUUUUGAACUCUUACGGUUGCUGCUUAAAAUUAAGACACACUGAUUGUGUUCAUUUAUGAGAAUGUAUUGUGUCUACUUGAUAAACGGUGGUGCUUUGAGACCUAAAUCUCUGAAUAAUGUCAACUGUUUAUUUUUAAUAUUUUUUUUAAAGCACAGUAUGUUUUAUUUUUUAAAGGAUAGAUUUUUUUUCUUUUUCCUAAAUGACCCAGUCUGCAGCAGCAGUUGAUUCAGUGAUUUACAGCUGACUAAGCAAACAUUUUAAACACACUAUUGUCUACUGUGAAAUGUUAAAUUAAUAUACUAUCCCUUAGUGUAUUAGUAAUAACAGUUGAAUAUUAAACUGUUUGUUUUCUUCUAUUGCUACUUUCAUGUACCCACCUCGUCGUGUUCCUUAAGGUAAAUAAUUGUUUCCCAUGCUUUCCUAACACCGAUGACUGUCAACAGUUUAAUGUCACCAUUCAUGGAGGGGAGGACCACAAAAAGCAAAGCAAAAGAGAGUGAUUUCUGCUUCUUACUAAAAAAAACCAAAACAAUAUGGACACACAAAAUCUUGUCUUAUUGAAGCUGUGAUUGAGAGAAAAAUUCUGCCUCUCUGGGAAUCAUUUUUGAUGAAUGUACCUCCAAAAUUGAAGGUCUGCAAAAUUACUGGUUACUCUUUGAUAGCGACUGUUUUUUACCAGAACAUGACAUUUACUUAUGAAAUAGUGACUAUUUGGCCAGUAGGAAAAUGGACAGAAAAUACAAGGCAUGGAAGGUUAGGGAGCAGUGUUUGUUAUUCCAAGUAAAGAAAAUCUAUUCUAUAAAUCUAUAGAAGAGAAAUAGAGUAUGCAUUAUAAUAUGCAUUUUCCUUUAUUUAUAGAUUUAAUGUCUAUUUACUGUUGAAGAAAUU